CCGGUAGCAGCUCUAACCAAGCAAAAUGGAUUGGCGCUGCUAGGCUCGCGUCCCCCACGGCUUUGAAGGGGCCGUCGAGCUUUGGGGAAUCCCUCCGCGCGCCAUGGCCUCCGCCUGGGAAGAAUUCUCCGAACCCGAUUGCCGAAGAUAGCACUCGACACAAGUUUACGGGAGAAGCUUCAACGGAGACCAUCGCCAUGAUGAAGACGACUCUUUUCCUGCCAUGUCGAUCUCCUCUCACCGUAAACCAAUCCCAAGGCAAAUAAAUGCGACAGAAUUAAGUGCUAACCCAGUCGUAAUGGUGCAUGUGACGUGCUGCCCCCACAAGAUCUUAAUGACCAUAAUCCAGCUUACAAACACAUCAACCAAGGUAAAAUCGACACCGUCAUCCUUCUUCACAUGUUUCAACGAAGACUAGUUGCAGACAGCGAGGUGCACUGCACUGCAGCUUCCUCCUAUUUUCACGGUGAAUAACUCCAAUAGCCGCAUUUGUCACACAGGCAGAAUGACACACGAGAUCCGGCCACAAAGCCUGUUCCGUUCUCUCCCUUCAUACAUAUAUUAUUGGCCUGCAGUCCUCUCCCUGACCUAUUCUUCUAAUGAGACAAAAUCUUGGAGAGACCGAGAGAAAGAGGGGCGAUGGUAUCCGCUUUAAUCCUUCAUGUCUUCCUUCUUCAUGUGCACCGCAGACCGGCGGCAGGCGAACCCGGCGCUUUUAGAUUGCCGGGGACGACGACAGCCACGUGGCUGCAUCCGCUUGCUUUACGGGUACUACAACGUGCUUUGGAACUCGGCUCUCGGCUCGGCUAAGCUGCAGCUCGAUGGACCCUCAAACAGGGUGGAUGGUCAGCUGAGUCCUGAACAGAGGGUUAGGGUUGAUGAGGAGGGACAUCCCAAAGGCCAUUGGGAUUUUGUUCCUAGGGGAGUGAACCGGGUGCCAUCAAUGGCAGGAGAGCACAGUGUAGUAGGAUCGGACGGGUACCUACCGAAACAAGAGGAAGAACAAGGUGGUACAGGGCAACAAUAAAUCAUAGUCCCCAAUCCCCAUCCCCACCCUACGAGUAGCACAGCACUUCCUCACUCCAAUGUCUAUUGGUACUUCUCAUCUGGACAAGCCUGCCUUUGUUUUGUUUUCUUUUCUUGAAACAUUGGAAGUUUUAUGCCGAGCAAUGCCUCUCCCUGCCUUGGGAUGUUGUGUUUGACCAGUUUAAGAUUCAUAGGUUGCGUUCUGGCUUUUUGUUUUUUAGGCCAUACACUAAGUUGGUUUGUUAUAAUUCUUUCUACCGUUUGACAUUUUUAUUUGGUCAUAGAAAAAUAUUUGACGCUUCCUGGAAUUCUUUCUGUGAUCACAUACACGAGACUCGUCCACGUCCACAGUGAAGCUUAGAGACAACUGUUGACAUGUUUGAGUAGGAACUCCGAUGAAGCCAUUACAUUACCAGCAUGGAAACAAGUGUUGCAACACUCGAGCCUUAGAUCUGGAGCCACCACCGCCACCACUGACCUCCUCCGUACCGAGAAUCCCGCAGUGGGACCCGCCGGUCGCGCCUGCUUGCGGGUAAAAGAAAAGUUUCCCGAGAACCGUAACCCACCGAGGCGAAAGAGAGCACAGUAGCAGAAGAAGCAGUGGUAGUGACCCAAAGAUCUACAAGGGAAGAGGCGGAAAUCGAUGCGCUAGGGGCGACUCCUGAGCACAUGCCUCGUCGGUGGCCCCGAUCGGUGGCGGAGAUGGCGGUAUUCUCCCACUCGACGGGCAGAGGAUGCGGAGGAGGAGGAGGUUCGGGAGGUCGAGGAGCGGCAGCGGCAUCGCAACGGCUGGUGGAGGCGGCGCAGCGCGGAGACGCGAGGGCUGCGGCGGAGUGCCUCGCGGACCCGGCAGUGGACGUGAACCACGUCGGGGCGGUGUGCCUGCGGGGACGCCGGGUGGAGGUGGCUCUCCGUGAGGAGGCCGCCGACGAGGUCCGGGUGGAGUGGGAGGACCUUCGCACCGACGCCUCCGCUCUCUUUCUCGCCGCCCAAGCAGGCGAUCUCCCCUUCGUCCGCACUCUCCUGGAGAAAGGCGCUGAUGUGAACCAGAAGCUGUUCCGGGGCCACGCGAUAACGGCGGCGGUGAGGGAGGGCCACGCGGAGGUGGUGGAGGUGUUGCUGAAGGCCGGAGCAUCGCAGCCAGCAUGCGAGGAAGGGGUGGUGGAGGCGUGCCUGCACGGGAGGGCGCGGCUCGCGGAGCUUCUCAUGGGAUCCGAUCUCGUGCGCCCCCGCGUCGCCGUCCAUGCGCUCGUCUCGGCCGCCUCUCGGGGAUUCGUCGACGUUGUCGAUGGCCUCAUCAAGUGUGGAGUGGACGCGAACGCGACAUCUCGUUUGCUGCUACGUUCACUGAAGCCAGCGCUGCACACCAAUGUCGACUGCACCGCGCUCGUGGCCGCCAUCGUCGGCCGUCAGGCUGCCGUCGUCCGCCGGUUGUUACAGGCCGGAGCGCGGAUGGACGCGAAGGUGAGACUCGGUGCGUGGUCGUGGGACGCCGCCACCGGUGAGGAGUUCCGCGUCGGAGCCGGGCUCGCCGAGCCCUACACCCCCGCGUGGUGCGCCGUCGAGUACUUCGAGUCCACCGGCACCAUACUCCGCUUGCUCCUGCAACACCAUUCCCCUAAUGCUCCACAUCAUGGCCGGACCCUCCUCCAUCACGCCAUCCUCUGCGGCAACCCUCGAGCGGUCGACACCCUCUUGUCCUGCGGCGCCGACUGCGAGCUCCCGGUCAGGGCCGGCCGGAAGACCGAGUUCCGGCCGAUCCACAUGGCCGCGCGGCUCGGCCUGGCUUCCGUUAUGCAAGUCUUGGUCGAUAAGAGGUGCGACUUGAGCUCGACAACCGACGCCGGUGAGACGGCGCUGAUGCUAUGCGCACGCUACAAGCGCGGUGACUGCCUCAGAAUUCUUGCGUCGAGCGACGCCGAUCUCGGUCGAAAGAGCUUGGCCGGUGCCUCUGCUGCCGCAAUUGCUGCUUCCAGUAAUUGGAGCGUCGGCUUCCAACAUGCUGUCCUCGAUGUGAUUCGCUCGGGAACGGUUCCUAGAUCGAGCGAUCCAUCGGUUUUCUCCCCGAUCAUGUUCGCAGCCCAGCACGGAGACGUUGCGUCCUUGCAAGUGCUACUGACACAACCGGACAUCAACAUCGACCAACGGCAUGGGAAUGGGUACUCCCCUGUCAUGGUGGCGGCUAAAGAGGGUCACGUGGAAGCCUUCCGCGUCUUGGUCUUCGCCGGCGCUAACGUGAGGCUCCGCAGCGAGGCAGGAGAGACGGCCAUUGAUCUGUUCAGGCUGAACGAGAACCAUGAUAUGUUCGAGCAGGCGAUGCUCGAGCUCGCACUCGAGAAGGGGAGUGCCGGGGGGUUCCACGCUCUCCAUUUCGCGGCUCGGCGGGGCGACAUGGCCGCGCUGCGUCUCCUGUCCAAGACGGGGUGGGACGUGAACGCCCUCGAUGGAGACGGCUACACACCGCUGAUGCUCGCCGCACGCGAAGGCCACGCGGAGGCAUGCCAUCUCUUGAUCCUCCAGGGCGCCAGGUGCGACAUCGAGACGCGCCGCGGCGAGACGGCGCUCUCGCUGGCGAGGAGCAACGCGAAGCUCGGCAAGGAAGCUGAGAGCGUAAUCCUGGACGAGCUGGCGCGGGUGCUGGUCGUGCGCGGCGGCCACGUGAAGAAGCACACAAGGCGCGGGAAAGGGCCGCCGCACGGGAAGGUGUUGAGGAUGGUUGCGGCGGCGGGGGUUCUGCGGUGGGGCAGCUCGGGGCGGAGGAACGUGGUGUGCAGGGAGGCGGAGGUGGGGGCGAGCCCGGCGUUCGUGAGGAACAGCAAGGGGAGGGGCGACGCCCGCGAGCCAGGGCUGUUCAGGGUGGUGACCACCCGGAAGCGGGAGGUGCACUUCGUGUGCGAGGGAGGGGAGGCGGCGGCCGAGCUCUGGGUGAGGGGGAUUAGGCUCGUGACGAGGGCGGCAUCGGGGAAGGGAGGGAGCGAGCUCAACUAGAGGUGGGAAGAAGAGUUGUGUGUUGCAUUGACUUCAUCUUGAAGUCAGAGCUCUGUUGAUAGGUUUCUGCUUGUCCCAUACCUUCAAGGUUAGAUGUUAGUCUUCUUGGGGUCUUAAGCAUGUAGAAAUGCAUCGCUCGUCUCGAGUGAAUCAAACUACUCUGUAGUAAAUAUAUAGGGCAUAAUUUAAGUCAAAGAGUAAAUAAGUGUGUAUGGAUUUCUAUUAAGAAAACAAAUAAGACAUUAAAA